AUGACUAAUCCGCGAUAUUCCCACAAUCCCAUUCACCCACCAAGACCUUGGCCCACUGCCGCCUCCGAGCCGACCCCUGCGCCCGAGGCCGCGCCUGCUCCAUCACCCGCCGCAUCAACGCCAAGUUCGCCGACCCCUACGCUGCCGAGGCCGCUGCUCCUCGCCGACCCCUGCGCCCGAGGCCGCCCGCUCCGAGCCGACCCCUGCGCCCGAGGCCGCGCCUGCUCCUCUUCCGCCGCUCCCCUGCCCUCGACGACGCCCUCGCUGCCUCCUCGAUCCCUCCGCGCGUUCGAGCUCCUCGAGCUCUCCGCGCCGAGGCUUCUUCCGCCGCUCCCCGCGCUCCACCGAUGCACUCCUUCGGUCUCCUCCGCCGCUCCGAGCCGACCCCUGGGCCCGAGGCCGCGCCUGCUCCUCCUCCGCCGCUCCCCUGCCCUCGAUGACGCCUCCCUCGCGCCGAGGCGCUCCACUGGCGCGUGCUCGAACUCCUCGGCCUCCUCCGCCGCUCCCCUGCCCUCGACGACGCCUCUCCCUCGCGCCGAGGCGCUCCACUGGCGCGCUCUCGAAUUCCUCGGCCUCCUCCACCGAUUCCCUGUGGCGUUGCGCGACCCUCGCCUCCGCCGAAGCUCCACCGAGCUCCGCAUGGAGUCGGCCGAGCUCCGCCGAGUUUCGCCGAGCUCUUCCACCGCGUCUCCUUUCUUCGGUCUACGGCGUCUCCGCCGAAGCCCCACCGAGCUCUACCGAGCUCCGUCGAGCACCCACCGAAGAGAUCCUCUAGAGAGAUCCCCUUCGCCGAGCUCCGCCGAGUUCCGCCGUGUCUCCGUCGCGCCUCCGCCGAGCACCCACCGAGCUCCGCCGCAUCUCCGACGACUUCCGCAAAGACUUCCACCUAUGAGUUCUCUCUCUGCACCGCGCGCUCCGCCUGUUCGACGAAAUUCCCAAACGAAGUUGAAUCAUGCGCUGAGCCAGGAGCACUGCGACCCUGUGCUCGUCGCCCAUAAAGCGUUCGCCGAAACCGCCCGCCUCCUCGCCGAUCCCUACGCUGUCGAGGCCGCGCGCUGCCUCGUCGUCAUCCUCUUCCUCCAACAGCUGAACAUGGUGGUCGGCGCUUUCCUCCUCGACUUCCCUCUCUUCCUGCAGCGACAGAGCGAAGCGUCAGUCCAGGCUGCGGCGCUCAAGGUGGAGCACGCGCAGGCGGCGGACGCGCUGCAGAAUGCGUCGACGAUUGGUGCGCAGCACCGGGCGGCCCGUGAACGCCAACAGCGAGCUCUUGGCCGCCGACACUUUUGUUGA